AUGGACUCCGUGAACCUUAUCCCAGAUGCGCUCUUCGUGUACGCCGUGGCCUCUGCCAUACGCGAUGUGCUCAUCAGCCUCCACCCCGACUUAGCCAGAGAAAUGGGUGCUACAUGGUCCGUUCUUCGCAGUGCUGUCUUGGGCUUGUACGGCGUCUACCGGUAUGGACCCGACAAGCGGACUGACCGAGCCGUCUUUGACCCUCGCUUGUGGGACAGCAUGCAGGACGUGGAGGAGUUGCUUGAGCGCGCAAACCUGGCGGCCGUGCUGCAGCCCAAUCGUCCCAUGACAUUUCGGGAACGCUGUCAGGUGGCAUGGGGGCACAACUUGCAUGCCAGCAGCCGUGCGCUGCUAGAGAUGCUGCACAUAGCUUUGCCUCUUCUUGAAAGCUUUGAGAAACGCAUUACUGCUGACUCGCAGUUGUUUUUGUUCUGCGCAGAGCUGCGCUCUGUGCUUGAAGAUAGUUGGCUUUUGCUUCUGGGCAUGGAGCACGUGCCGACGGAGAAAUCCUCGUCUGCAUCCGCUGCGGCUUAA